AUGAUCGACCUGCUCUCGCUCGAGUGGCCUACAUUCAAUCCAACAAGCAUAUCGAUGGAUUAUGAGAAGACCCUGAUGAAUGCCUUCAGUUCCCAUAUCCCCGACGCUCUGCUCCAAGGCUGUUUUUUCCACCUCGUAAAAAACAUGAAAAAACAAGUUGCGGCUAACGGGCUGAGCAAACGGUAUCGCAACGUGUCGGACUUCGAACUGAAGGCCAAAAUGAUCUCCGCACUCGCAUUCGUUCCUCCGGAAAGGCUCGAGGACGCUCUCAGAGAGCUCCGGAACGAAUUGCCAGAUCAGUUGCAACCAGUCCUGGACUACUUCGAAGACACGUACAUUGGUCGUCUUCGAGUUCACAACGACGGUUUUCUGGCACGGCGGGACCCUUUGUUUCCAGUCUCUCUGUGGACGGUUUAUGAGCGCACACUGCGAGGGGACAGUCGCACCAACAAUUACGCGGAGGCAGCUCAUAGAAGUCUCCAACGCCAAUCCGCGUCGAACAUCCUGGCAUAUUGA